AUGGAGAUGCUCAAUACUUCGGAGGACGAUGUCACAAUACUUGGCUAUAUAUGGCUAGAGGGCCCCGUGACACACCAUAACGAGUUGACCACGGGCACUCUUGACACCAUGAACUCUUUUAUUUGCAUUUUGGUCGUGGCCAGUUCGGCUCUGUCUCAUGCAGGAAACGUGCGCGAGAAGCGCGGUUUCUUACACGGACAUUCGCACGCCUCCGAUGGCUAUAGUUAUCCCGCGCCAUCUACUAGUUACACAGCUCCCAGUCUUGCCUCAUCCGUCGUUCCAAACUAUUCAGCCCCUGCUGUCGACUUCUUAUCCCCUUCCGAAACCUACGCACCCGCUGUAUCAACCAUAUCCGCACCAGAUUUAAGUUUUUCCGUGCCUAUUAGUCACACUUCUAAUUACGCACCCAUCCAUUCGAGUAGCUUCGUGCCUUCAGCUGGCUACGGCUCCCUUUCUAAUUUUGGUUCUUCUUCGCCUGUUGUCAGCUAUGCACCUUCUUCUCACAGCUUUGCCAAACCAGCUGUCAGUUAUGGGGCUCCAUCGGUUAGCUACGCAGCGCCAUCACCUAGCUAUUCAGCCUCGCCGGCUGGUUAUGCUGCUCCCGCCAUCAAUUACGCGUCACCACCAAUUAACUUCGCUUCUCCCUCGAUUAGUUUUGCACAGAGCUAUGCUCCUGUGUAUUCGGCACCCGCUACCCGCGUGGUGACUGUCAACAAGGUGGUAAACGUAAAAAAGGUUGUGACCGUGCCUCAAGUGGUCAACGUGGAGAAAAUAAUUAGCGUACCAAAAGUGAUCCAAAUAAAGAAAGUAGUACCUGUUUCUUCUGGCUGCUCCAAGUGCAAGGCCUCACACGGCUCCGGAUAUGCGGCCAGCUACAACAGUGGUGGGUGGUAA